CCUCCAUUGCACAAAGAACAGCAACUUUCUCGCUUGUCAUCUUUCAAUUGUCAUUCUUCAGUCUUAAUUGCUUCUUUCCUGUGUUGCCUAUUGUAAAUGACCCCUCCAAGCUCCAUGUUUAUUUUUCUCUUUGUUUUUUCCCUUUCUAUUGCUGUCCUUUAUAUUAGACAAUACAAAAACUUUUCAUGGCUUUUGCUCAUCAAUCAUCUUCUUUGUUCUGAUUUAUUCCCUUUCUUUCUCCUCACAAGAUUCUUCAAUAUUGUUCCAACAUUCUACCUCUCAUUUCUAAGUAAUCAUCGUGAGAGAAUCGUGCCUGGAUCUUAAUUCUUGUCAUAAAUGUUGUGCCUCUAGAGUUCGAGCAAGUUGGAUUUUGGUGGGAGGGGGUUAUAUUGUAAAAAAAUGGCAACAUCUUUGGAGGAGCUUCUUGCGAAGGAAGGGUUUAGAGCCGGAAGAUCAGGGACAAGGGCAAGGCCUGCAUUCAAAGGAGAAGCUGCAAGUAUGCCUCGUUACCCUUCUGGAGACCAAGGCAAAAAGGACUCUCCAUCUGGUCCAUCUAUCAGUAGAAUCAAGACUGAAAGGACAAGAUCUGAUGUCACUCGGUAUACUUUGAGAGGAGAAUCACCAGUAAGUAAUAGUAGUUUAGGUUGGAGACCGAGGGAUGAUCUGGUUAGAAGAGAAAAAAUAGAUUCAAGAUUGAAGACAGAACUUCGCUGCAGAGGUUCGAAAGAUGUGCAGGAAGAUAAGACUCUGAAUUCUGACACAUUGGAAGAUGUCAAGGGGAGUGAGAUUGUUGAGGUUGGUGUGGAAGAAGAUGGGAGAUUUAAGGAUAUAUACUCUGAUAAAGCAUAUUAUUCAGAAAGAAAGGAAAGAUCAUCAAAAGGUAACGGGAGCUCGGAGAGGUAUAAAGAGAGGAAAGGGAAGGAUAAGAAAGUAACUGAAAGGCGCGGCAGCAAUUCUAAUGAAAAAUUGCUCAAAUACACUGGACUGAGCAAUAACAACAGGAAAAGUAUGGACCAGGUUGAGGCGGCUUAUGAAAGUUCGGUUAGAGGCUCAAAGAAUGCCAAUGGCUUUGAAGAUGAUCAGAGAACAAAGAAUGAGAAAAGUGCACCAGCAGUUCCUGAAAUUGCUCUUGAUGAAGUUGCUGUUAAAGCAGUAACCUCCAUCUUAAAUGGUUAUAUCAAGCGUUUUCUUAAAGAUGCAAAAUUCCGAACCACUCUCCGUCGCAAUUGUUUCUCUUCUCUUGCUUUUAUCGAAACAGAAGAAGGCGACAGCAUUGAGAGCAUGGCCAAGGCCAAUCUUGAACAAGCUAUUGCAACAGUGGAAAAGGUUUCCGAGGCAGCUGCAAGGGCAAACGAUUUGAAAACAGCUGCUUUGCAGCUUAGUGUGAUCACAGGCUUGAACUCAAAUGAUCUGAAAGAUGAAUAUACAUCAGGAACUCCAAAUUCUAGGUUGUCAGCUUGUGCUCACAUCUAUCUCAGUGUGAUAUAUAAGCUACAAAAGAAGGACAAGGCUUCAGCUAAGCAUCUUUUGCAAGUGUUCUGUGAUUCUCCUUUUCUGGCAAGAACACUUUUGUUGUCUGAACUGUGGGACUAUCUAUUCUUCCCUCAUCUUUCUCAUUUGAAGACUUGGUACAAACAAGAGGCAGAUGCUCUAUUCAGGAAGCCAAGCAAGAUUACGAAACUUAAGUUUCUUGCCAAAGUUUAUAACGAAACUCUGGAUUCCUGUACCUAUCAAUUUGCAGUUUACUACAAGGAUUGGCUCACAGAGGGAGUUGAAGCUCCUUCUAUUCCUUCUGUCGACAUCCCUUUCACGUCACAGCAGGGGGGUUCACGGGAUCAUUCUUCAGGACCAGCUAGUCCGUCUGCUCCUUUCUCACCCCAGCCAACGGUGAGUAAGAAACUAUAUGAUGCUGUAUUUGGCCGUUCAAGUAAACCUAGAGUUCAUGAGGCUGAAGACAAUGGGAAGGCAGAAAACUUCAAUAAUGGUGCACAUAUUUCUGGUUCUUCUCCUAUUGAAAUCAAACAUACAGUGACGAUCUCUUUCAAAAUGGUUACAUAUCCUGGUCAAGAUAUAGAGAACCAUUCCCCUGAGAAUGUACCAGAUAACACCUCCAUUCCUGGUAAAGGGCUCUUAACAGCAUCUAACAAAGAAUGGAAGUUGGUCAAAGUGAGUGUUUCACCAGGCACAGAUCUUAAUGCUGACACUUGCAACUCUAGUGCAAGGGAAGAACCUGAAGGAGAUACUACUCAUAUGCUAAAUUCAUCUUCACAUACAAAAGAAAACGAGCUAGCCCUCAAGACACUAGCAAAAUCUGUUUUCGAACUACAGCGAACUGAGGAUUCUGGUGAUCCCACUGUUUCAGACCUUUCACAUUCCAAAAAGGCAAUCAACGCGGACGCUUCUAGUGAAGGGCCAAAUGGAAGUCAUGAACAUUUUGAUGAAGGAUCCAUUUUUGAUAGCAUUCCACACGACUUUAUUUGCCCUCUCACCGGACAGUUGUUUGAGGAUCCGGUGACCCUGGAGACCGGCCAAACCUUUGAGCGAGAGGCCAUCCGAGAAUGGUUUGAUCAGGGAAACAAAACAUGCCCUGUAUCAGGAAAAACUUUAGCAUGUUCAACCGUGCCACUUACCAACUCUAUUUUGAAGCUUGUCAUCGAUAGUUGGAAAUUGGUGAAAGAAUAAUAGCUAUUAUAAUCUAAUCAGCAAUGUUUAAAUAUAAUUUUAGGAUCGAAAUUAUGUACCAUUGCGGGUCAUGAAUAAUAAAUUAUGUACUUUUAUAGAAAAACGAUUUAUAUUUU